GUGGAUUGUGGGAGAAUUCUGACAACAGCCAUUUUCGGGUCGCGACUGUCAUCGUUGGAACACACUUCUAAAACUGUGCGAGAACGCAGCGGUCCCUCACUAUCUUUAAAACAACUUCUGAGGAUGGAUAGGACGAUGUCGACUCAUAGCAAAUAGUGUUCCUGUAUUUUGAGCGCUGCUCUGGUUCAAGCCAAGCUACAAAGACAAGAGAACAUUGACUAGGCUAAUUCGUGGCAGGCUCGAAUUCAUUAGCUAGCCAGGCAGCAAUGCUAGCAUAAUUGGUUACAAUGUAUUGCUUGGAAUUUGCGAGUUUUUAGACGGCAGCGGCAUUAUACAACGGGAUUAAAGCCAGUGGUGUUUCGUGGGCUAUUUUUAUAGUGCAGCAGGCCGAAAAACGUGUCAUCGGGAUUUAACCGGCGGGCGGACUGGGGAGAGAGAGAAGUGUGUGUGAACUCAGGUUAUGUCCACCAUGGUGUACCCACGCAGCGAGGAGACCCUGGAGCGCCUGACCCAGGAUGAGAUAGUGCUCAACACCAAGGCUGUGAUGCAGGGCCUGGAGACCCUCCGAGGGGAGCAUGCCCAGCUCCUCACAUCCCUGCUGGACUGCACACAGCCACCCGCUGCCCAGGAGAAGUCAGGCCUGCUGCGCAAGAGCCUGGAGGCCAUAGAACUGGGCCUGGGAGAGGCACAGGUGAUCAUUGCCCUGUCGGGUCACCUGAGUGCUGUGGAGUCAGAGAAACAGAAGCUAAGAGCCCAGGUCAGACGACUGUGUCAAGAGAACCAGUGGUUAAGAGACGAGCUGGCAGGAACACAGCACAAGCUGCAGCGUAGUGAGCAGAGUGUUGCCCAGCUAGAGGAGGAGAAGAAACACCUGGAGUUCAUGAACCAGAUCAAGAAGUUUGAUGAUGACGUGUCACAGUCUGAGGAGAAGGCUGCAGGGCAGACGUCUAAAGACAGCCUGGACGACCUGUUCCCCAAUGAUGACGACCAGGGACAAGCCCAGCCCAGUGGAGAGGUGGCGGCCCAGCAGGGUGGUUAUGAGAUCCCAGCCCGCCUGAGGACCCUCCACAACCUGGUGAUCCAGUACGCCUCCCAGGGGAGGUACGAGGUGGCCGUGCCCCUCUGCAAACAGGCCCUGGAAGACCUGGAGAAGACCUCCGGACACGACCACCCUGACGUGGCCACCAUGCUCAACAUCCUGGCCCUGGUCUACAGGGACCAGAACAAGUACAAAGAGGCAGCUCAUCUGCUGAACGAUGCCCUGGCCAUCAGAGAGAAGACCCUGGGGAAGGACCACCCUGCGGUAGCCGCCACUCUCAACAACCUGGCCGUGCUCUAUGGGAAGAGGGGCAAGUACAAGGAGGCUGAGCCCCUCUGUAAGAGAGCCCUGGAGAUCAGAGAGAAGGUCCUGGGGAAGUACCACCCUGACGUGGCCAAGCAGCUGAACAACCUGGCCCUGCUGUGUCAGAACCAGGGAAAAUACGAGGAGGUGGAGUAUUAUUACAGACAAGCCCUGGAGAUCUACCAGUCCAAACUGGGGACUGACGACCCCAACGUAGCCAAGACCAAGAACAACCUGGCUACAUGCUACCUCAAACAGGGAAAGUUCAAGGAUGCUGAGUCUCUGUACAAAGAGAUCCUGACCAGAGCACAUGAGAAGGAGUUUGGAUCAGUCAACAACGACAACAAGCCAAUCUGGAUGCAUGCGGAGGAGAGAGAGGAGAGCAAGGGGAAGAAGAAGGAAGCUAGUCCCUGUGUAGAGUAUGGGAGCUGGUACAAGGCCUGCAAAGUUGACAGUCCUACUGUCAAUACCACCCUGAAGAGCCUGGGGGCGCUGUACCGCAGACAGGGUAAACUACAGGCAGCUGAGACACUGGAGGAGUGUUCUACCAAGACACGCAAGCAGGGUAUAGAUGCCAUUAACCAGAGUAAGGUGGUGGAGCUCCUGAAGGAUGGGGCACCAGGAGGGGGGGAGCGACGGCAGAGCCGGGAGGGUCUCAACGGCCCCCAGCGGGGGGACUGUGAGGGGGACGACGGAGCAGAGUGGAAUGGGGAAGGGAACGGUUUGUUGCGUCGGAGCGGAUCCUUUGGGAAGAUCCGUGAAGCGCUGCGUAGGAGCAGUGAGAUGCUGGUGAAGAAACUACAGGGCAGUGGCCCCCAGGAGCCCCGCAACCCAGGGAUGAAGAGAGCCAGCUCCCUCAACUUCCUCAACAAGAGUGCAGAAGACCCCUCACAGGACGCCAACACCGGCCUAUCAGAAUGCAGAGGACUGAGUGCCAGCAAUGUGGACUUGUCAAGACGCAGCUCCCUGAUUGGUUAAACAGAGACGGGAGGCGGGACCAGGAGGAGGAAGGCCCAAUGACGGGACCAGGCGGAGGAAGGCCCAAUGAGGAGAGGCAGUUUGCCACCUGAGGCGAUCAAAACACACUUCAGAUCCAACACUCGCAUUCAAGACAAGUUUUCUAAAGAAACAAGAAAAAGUAUUGCGUAAAACCUGAUUUGACGUGGCUUUUUGUGACUCAGACGUCUCUGUCUUCUUCACUGUAUACUUCGCUGGCAUCUAUCAAACAAGUACAGAAAAUCAUAUUUAAACGGCAUGCUGCUUACUAGAACGUGGAAUGUCUGCACUAGACACUCAUGGUGACUCUGAGGCAUAGCACCGUGAUAGAAUCCAUAUUAUUAUCGCAGCGUGACGAAUUUCUAUCUUAUCCCGCCCACUCUCGUACAGACACUCAACCUUAGGUAGGCUAGUUCUAUUCUGAUUUAUAUCUUAGAGAAGUGUAACCUAGGUCAGUGUGCUGCUAACGGUUUAGCUUCCUCCACUGUCCCUGUCCCCAUAUCUGGCUCGAACUAGUGAUCCUCUGCUUCGCAACACACGUGACCGCCCUCCAUGACAACGUGCAAACCGAAUACAAAAGGUACCAGUUGGUUAGUUCCAUCGGCGACAUUUCAGGCUAGCUGUGGAGUGAGGUUACGGUACGUUCUUAACUCUGUUACAGAAGCAUCACACUCAGCUCACUAGUGGCGUGAUUACUGCAAAUGCUAACAACCCAUUCAAUGGGUAUCACAGUGCUUGAGCCAUAUAAAUCAUAUAUGUUUUUAAGACGAGUUAAAAGAGGUAUGAACUACAGCUGUUAGAAACUUCAGCGAGGUCAAAGACAAAGAUGGUACACAAUCAUUUUGGGAUGUCGGAAAUACAUUGGUGUAUUUAAACAUCAACUGGGAGAAAAAACGGCACUGACCAGUUUAACCUCUCCUUUUCUGUAUUUUUGUUAUGUAUAUACAGGUUUAAGUUAUUUUAUAUUUCUUUCUUUGUAUAUAGCGCACAGACAGGUUUUUGUUUAAACUGGUUAGAGGUUAGGAGAACCUCUGAUUGGGAGACAGACGCUGGAAGAGGACAGUAAGAAAAGAGUGAAGAGAAGAGAGAAACGGGAAUAUAGACUAUUGAGGAGAAGAGAGAAACAUGGAAUAUAGACUAUUGAGGAGAAGAGAAACAGGGAAUAUAGACUAUUGAGGAGAAGAGAGAAACAGGGAAUAUAGACUAUUGAGGAGAAGAGAGAAACAGGGAAUAUAGACUAUUGAGGAGAAGAGAGAAACAGGGAGAAUAUUGGCACUUAAUGUGUCCUAACUUCUAGUCCAAUUUUCGCUUAGUCUCCCAUUGACAUCAAGUGAAAAUUUGACAAAAUUGAGGUUAGAAUUUCCCCCUGAAUCUAUAGCCUGAUCUGGCUAGAUAUGUUUGUGCCCUAAUCAACUACUGUUCCGUUCGUUGCCUUGCCAGACAAUUAUGAACGUGACAGAUAAGAGGAGUUGGCUAAAGCUAAAAAAAUAUCGGAGACCAGGUUCGUAUUCAUUAGGCACUAAACAGACUGAAACAGGGAGGAACUAUCUGGACUUUUCCAAUAAGAAACUCUCGUUUUCAUUUUCGGUUGCAAAAACGUUUUGUACGGUGUGCACUAAUGAAUGCAAGACCAGGCUAAUUUAGUUAAUCUCAGACCUGGGGAAUAUACUGGAAAUGCUGACGUGACAAACAAUACCAGUGUAUCUCAGUCAGUGUGUAGCCUGUUAACAUGGCGCGGUACAAAUGCCUGUUUAGCUCCAACACUGAAGUCCCAUUUCUCUUACGUGAUCUGGUGGUGUUGUUACUAAAAACACAUUAGCCUGACUGAUGCUGUGGAGGUGAAUGUGCUCCUAUGUCGUGCAUUGGUUUUAGCAAAUGCAAGGUCACAUAUCUACCACAGCACAAUGUUUCUCCCCCAAUCGAAUAUAAUUAGAUCUCUACAUAGUUGUAAUGCCCUCGUAUUAGUUAAGAUGUGUUACAAUACAGUGCAUCUGUUUCUGUAAGAGGUUAGCAUUAGGCAUACCGUAUGUAACUCGUGGCCUCUAGUUAUUGUAGCGUCAGUUAUCUGUUCUUGGUUGGCCUUUACUGAAUAAUGUGAGCAUGAUAUGUCCUUAUCUUUUUAUAUAAAACAAUGAUCCUUUUAUUAUGACUUAUGUUGAUUGGAAAGAAUCUGAUCGGUUUACAGAAAACUGCUCUCUGAUCUAACCAAUGACAGUCCUUCACCAAAUGUUAUCAUUUAUGUCUUAUUCUUGUCUGUGAUUGGCUCCGACCUCAAGUGAUGAUGUGUGGGGGUAUUGUUGUUGAACUCUGAAUGAGUGAUGAUUUGAAUGUUAGGUUUUACUUUGAUCAUGGGCGAGGGGUAGGGAGGGAGGAGGUUGACUGUGUACUGUAUUGUGUUGGCUCUUUUAAUUGUUUUGUUUGUAAGUUAGGAGUCAAAACUCCCAAGACAAGACUGAUACCAAGAGACUUGGCCACAGAAUGUAUAUUACUGUAUGUCUUUGAGAAGUAGAGUGGUCCUAACGAUUUUCACCUUCUGAUUGUGUUGCUAGUGCAAUGUAAAGUGGGGAUGGGAUGGAAUAUUGAUUUUACUGGGGAAAGAGAUGAUGGAACGAAAGCUUAAGUAUGUGACAAAUACAGGCUAGAGGGGCUAAGGAGGAAGAGAAGAUUGAUGAUGAAUGAUAACAGGAAAUAGAAAUAUGAAGUGCUGUUAGGUGAGAAACGAGCGAUUCAGUGAUAGAAAUGGUAAAUGGAACGUUGGGAGAGAGGUACUGGGAAAAGUGCUUUAAGUUUCAUUGCAGCAAAUAAUGUACAGAAAUGUCGAUCUCUGUCACACACACUCAACAUGUACAAACACAUUAUCUCCCAAACACCCACGUUGUCUAGCUAUGUAAAAGUCUGUAGAAACACUGGACUGUAGUCUGUAGACCUCUGUCGACGUUGUAUUUACACACCAACGAAUGUUUCAAACACACCUAAACACAGUGCUCCUCUUACAAAUGUAUACCACAUUUUCAUGUAGAAGUAAGAACACCCCUCACCAUCUCAGUGAGUCAGUGUGUAACUAUGGAAACUGUAGAAUGGAGGUAGGAGUGGAGGGGGGGAGCAUUCUACUACAAUAAUGGAUCUCUUUGUUAGUGGCCAACAAUCUCGUGUAUAUUUUAUUAAAGGUUCAAUAAAGAAAAACUCCACUUUUCAAACUGA